UCGAGCCUGCGCUCGCCGCUGGUGAAGUAACAGGGACGUCAUUGGUCUGCUUCACAUGUCUGCUGAUGUAUCGAAGUGGAAUAUUUAACGACUUCGUAACCUUCUUGGCGUCAGAAUCUUAUUUUUGUUCGUGUGUCUCUUUUUGUCGGUGAAAGUCAGAGCUUUCUAUAAGACAGAAGCGCUCCCAUUUUGUUGAAAUUGGGAGGAAGGCUGACCUACCGGAGUUAGCUAGCUAACAAUAACUAGCUUUUCGUUAACCAUACAUUAUUUUUGUGCAGACGUCGGAAUGGACAACGAUAAAACGUCAGAUGGCGGCGUGAAGUUUUACACGUUAGAAGAUGUUAGAGUGCACAAUAUGAUUAAUGAUACGUGGCUCAUUAUUCAUGACAAAGUAUACGACAUCUCAAAAUUCCUAGAAGAGCAUCCAGGCGGUGAGGAGGUGUUGCUGGAGCAGGGCGGUGCUGAUGCCACAGAGAGCUUUGAGGAUGUGGGUCAUUCAUCAGAUGCAAGGGAGAUGCUUCAGCAGUACUACAUUGGGGAACUUCAUGUGGAUGAUAGAAAAAAGGAAAAGAAAAAGUUGGAAGUCGCAAAUUCAGGAGAGUCCAGCUCCUGGACCAUGUGGUUGGUACCUGCUGUCAUCGCAGCUGUUGUUGGUGUCGUGUAUCGGUUCUUCGUGUUUGAACAAAAGUCAUCCUGAGUGCUGGAGUUCUGUUUUCACCUCAUUCUUUGCAUCCCGGGGCCUUGGAACAUUUAAACCAAACCCUUCUCAUGCUGAAAACACACAAUUAGGACGAUCUGCCUCGUCUGCAGCAAGAAGAGAGCAACGAUUUUAAAAAGGAUCUGUUUUUGUCUGUUUUCAAGGGGUGCAUCCGAACUUCCACAAUGCCAUUUUUUAGGUUUUCUAAAGCGAAAAGUACAAAUGCUCCACGAGUGUCUGUUAGAUUCAUGAGCUAAAUGAGUUUCAACUGUUGAACAAAGUUUUAUUCAAUUUAUCACUUGCAAUUAGUCUGUCAAGUUUUAUAAAUGUACUGUUAAUUCUUCUUUGUUCCAUUUAAAGAAUCAUGAGGAUUAAUUAUAAACAUGUCACACUCAUCGUCAAAUAUCAUAGCUGACAUAAAAAUGUGAUUUUCUUCUAAAUGUAAUGAGUUGAGUUUUUCCUCAAACUGUUUGUUUAUUAUCUGAUUUUUCUUUAUGACACGUUCUUUCAUUUUUUGCAUAUUUGUUUUAUAUACAGGGGAAAAACUGUUGGGUUAGAAUUAUUUACCUUAGAGGUGUGUGUGUGUGUGUGCACGUGUGUGCACGUGUGAGAGAGAAAAUCUUUUCUAUAGCGCUCUCAAGAUAAAAAUCACGAGGCGCUUCACAAAACUGAGAGAGAGAUUGACAAAGGAGUUUCACAGACAACUUUGAAGCCUUAGAUGGGCGUCAUUCUUUUCUCAGGUGGUUAUCGUUUCAACAUUCCGGCUCCCGUAUGUGUUUUGUCCCAUGGGCGGGAUGUUGGAAUCAAGCAUUUAAUAUUUUAGAUACAUAGGAAAUUGUAAUUUAUUAUUUUAAGAACAUUAAAAAAGUACUUUAGGUGUCAUCCACUCCUGUUUGGCAGGGUGUCUUUUACAUUAAUUCUUUAAACACGUGGUCGUCUAACUGAAUAUUGUCAGUUUUCAAGAAAAAUAUUUGUUCUUUCUUUGGUCUCUGGCAUUUCCUACCAUUAAAGCUCUGAAUCAA